AUGGAUGAUCAAAUUAAAUUAAGACCAAACUUAGUACCUUGGUCAAAGAAACUAAUGCACUACAUGCACUCAGCUAGUGGUCAAGAAGAAGAAAAUAGCGACUGCAUUGAUGAGGGAAUUCUGGUAGAAUUAGGGACUGAUGUCCAAGAUGAGGAAGAGGAAGAAGAAUCAGUUCCAUGUGAACGCCCCAGUAUCUUAGAAGUUAUUGCUCAAAUGGAAACAAUUCAACACAUGGUAACCACAGUCACUGGAAUUGAAAACAAACAACUAGCUGCUGUUGAUGAAGUUCAUUUGGCAUUUUGUGAAACUAACUGUGUCUUUCUUUUUUUUUCAUGUUCACUGCAUUUUGCUCUUGAUGCAUGUCCACUUGGUAUCAUUGUAUUUCAAGUGACAAAGAAAGUUAAACUCAAAGGGUUUGCAAGGGCUUCCUAUUUUAAAGCAAAAGUAAAAAAUAAAGGAGCAUGUAAAGCAUUUUGGCAAGGAGAGAAAAGAUUUAGGUUUUUUAUCCGCCACAUUAUUAAAUUGCAAAGUUUUUAUUGGAGUGUUAUUGUACUUGUCUUUCUAAACACAGUGUGUGUUGCUGUUGAACAUUAUAAUCAGCCUGAAUGGCUGACAGAAUUUUUAUACUAUGCAGAAUUUGUAUUUUUGGGACUUUUCAUCUUUGAAAUGUUUAUGAAAGUAUAUGCCCUGGGGCCACGCCUCUAUUUUGAAUCGUCUUUCAACAGAUUUGAUUGUGUUGUUAUUUUAGGAAGUAUAUUUGAAGUUGUUUGGUCUAGUCUUAGAGACGGUUCUUUUGGACUCUCUGUACUUCGAGCCUUACGACUUUUAAGGAUAUUUAAAGUUACAAAAUAUUGGUCUUCUCUACGUAAUUUAGUGAUAUCUCUUUUAAGCAGUAUGAGAUCCAUAGUCAGUUUAUUGUUUCUUUUGUUCUUAUUUAUUCUCAUCUUUGCCCUCUUAGGGAUGCAGCUGUUUGGUGGAGCCUUUAAUUUUGAUGAUGGCACGCCACCAGCAAAUUUCAAUUCCUUUCCUAUUGCCUUGCUUACAGUAUUUCAGAUACUGACAGGAGAGGAUUGGAAUGAAGUCAUGUAUCGUGGUAUUGAGUCUCAAGGUGGAAUUCAUGGAGGAAUGAUAUAUAGUCUUUAUUUCAUUAUUUUGGUGUUAUUUGGUAACUGUAUCCUUUUAAAAAUUAAUAAAAAUAUUUUAAGUAUAAGUUGUAUAAUUUACCUUGUUUGAUAGCUAUUAUGGUAUUUAUUUUUGAAUAAUAAUCAAUAAUAAGAAUAAUAAUGUUCAAUGUAAUCAAUGUUUUGUAUAAAUUUUAAAAUUAUUUAUGUCCUUUUGAAUUCCCUUCCAUGUUAUAAAAUCAUUAUAGAUUUUUCACAGAUAUUUAAAUUAGCUAAAGCACUUAUAUGGAUUUAAAAUACAUGUAACUAAUUUUAUAAUCCUAAACAGGCACAUUUCUUAUAAUGCAUAAG